AUGACUAUACUCACCACCUUCGUUGCCGCUGCUGCAGCUGGCUUGGUAGCUGUCUCUAAAGCUUCACCUGUGGCCGAGGUGAACAUCACUCCCGGUGUGUCGAAUGCACAGUCUUCCUUGACACUCGUCUACCAGAACAACUUGAACGGAUCAGACGACAAGAACCACAUUGGAGCCAUUAUCCUCGACCCUGUUCCCCAGGCCAGCGCAGCUGCAGCCUGCGCUACGCUCAACGAGAAGCUCAUCACCAAGGCUACUCUUCAGCAAUACCAGGCCGACUUCAAUGAUGCUCUCUCAUACCAGGACUACGCUAAAUAUACCGAUUCCGAGAAGGGCUACCAUAUCGACAAUGGAGUUGUUUCAGUGGGCGGCCGUGUGACCUACUCCUCCAUGGACUCUCAGAAAAGACUGCCAGUUUUGUGCACGCAAUCCGCCAACAAUGGAUCAGCGAGUGCCGGACCUGUUAGCGGCAGCACUGUCUCCGUGGCAUCUGGAGGCAACACAUUUGUCGGCUACCGCAAUCAAAAAUCGUUCCGCUUCCUUGGUAUCCCCUAUGCGGAUACACCCAAGCGCUUCAAGUACUCUUCUCCCUACUCCAAGAAGGGUCAGACUAUCCAAGCGACAAAGUACGGCUCUCAGUGUCUCCAGGGCAGUGGCGGAAGCGAAGACUGUCUGUUUCUCAACAUCCAGACGCCGUACAUUCCCAAGGUUGGCUCCAAGAAAAACCUCCGGCCAGUGUUUUUCUGGAUUCAUGGUGGAGGCUUCACAGGCGGAAGCGGGGCAGACCCCCUCACCGACGGCGGAAACCUAGCCAGUAAGGAGGACAUGGUGGUUGUCAGCAUCAACUACCGUCUCUCUACCCUUGGUUUCCUCGCCAUUCCUGGAACGGACAUCAAGGGCAACUUUGGCAUCCAGGACCAGGUCUUGGCCCUCGAUUGGGUCCUUGAGAACAUUGCCUCGUUUGGCGGUGACCCUAAGAGAAUCACUAUUGCUGGUGGCUCUGCGGGCGCAGGCUCAGUGCGUGUGCAUCUGGGCUCACCCAAAGCCGUUGGAAAGUUCCAAGGUGCAAUCGCCCUGUCGAAUCUCGGCGGAGGUGUUACCCUGGGCCUCAAGGGCGACUAUGGAACCACAUACUCGACCUACUACACCAUCGAACAAAGCUACCAGGUUGCAGGCCAGCAAAUCUUCGCAGCCGCAGGCUGCAACAGCACCGACUUGUCCACCCAGAUUACCUGUCUCACACAAGCCAAUGCCACGUCCAUUGUCAACUUCAGCACAGUAGCCCGCUACGUCGUGCAGGACGGAACCUACGUCGACACGUCGAACCUCAUCUUAACCACACGCAAUGCCAGCACCGCCCACAUCCCUGUCAUGUUCGGCGUUGUGCGCGACGACGGCGCCUCCUUCUCCACGUAUCCCAAAACCCCGAUUUCCAACUACACCCAAGGUCUGCAAGAAGCCCUCCACAUCAACAGCACGUGGGCCCAGCGCAUCAUCGCCUCGGGUCUCUUCCCCUUCACCAACACGGGCAACCUAACCCUCGACUCCUUCAACGUCUCGCAGCGCAUCGCAACAGACAAAACCUUCCGCUGCGCCGACCAAUCCACCGUCUACUCGGCCGCCCAAUCCCGCGCCUUCAGCAAAACCUACUUCUACCAAUUCGAGCGCACAGCCGGCGGCUACGACCCGAAUAACCUCGGCGGGCCGCUGCAAAACAACCCUCAAAACCCCUACUUCAGACUCCACGGCUCCGAAACCGCCUGGCUCUUCGGCACCCUGAAAACCAUCCGCGACAACGAGGAUCUCUGGAGCGAACAGCUUACCACGGGCUACUUUGCCGCGUUUAUCCGCAGCGCAGAUCCAAAUCCCCCGCGCAGCUACCUCGAUGUGAGGGGGUAUGCGCGGGAGAGCGAGGGCGCGAGAAGAUUCGGAGAGUGGAAGACUGUGGAUGCGACGCGCGAAGCUGGAGAUGAGAUUCGGUUUUUGGAUUGGCCCAGUAAAAGUACCGGGUAUCAGGAUGUGGAGCAGUGCGCUUGGUUGGGGUAUCCGCUUGAUUAUUAUCUCAAGGGUGGUGUUUAGAAGAGGCUAUUGCUGGUGGUGGUGGUGGUGGUGGUGGUUGUAGUGGU